CGGCAACAUCCGGUCGACGAAAUUUGAACGAACGUGAGUGUUUCAGCGUUUGGGUUUGCUUAGAUGCACGUUUCUUUUGAAGUGAGAUAUCAACCCCGCUUUUAUCAGUGACAACAGGUUUGCUGCUAUGGAUCCCGGUACUGUGUCAUUGUUUCAAAGAGUCUCAGAAAAGCUUGGUUGGGAUAGACAUGAAGAUCUUGAUCAAGUUGAGAAGAAGCUGAGAAAGGGCUUGAAUAAAAGCAGACGGCCAGCAUUGGGUAGUUAUGACUCCAGUCAGUCCUCAGGCAGAGAUCAAACACACCGACCGCUGCACUCUGACAGCGACUGCUCAGGGAAAGAGAAUCCAUCUCUGCCAAAUCAUGUGCUGUUGUGUUCAGAUGAUGAGGAUUUGGAUCAAUUUCUUGCUCAGAAGGCUACACCGAAACACACUUUUAAGCAGUCAUCUGCUAUGAAAGCGAGAGAGCCAGUUCCUGUACUGUCUUCAGAUAGUGAUAAUGAGUUUGAAAGUUUUUUGAAUCGAGUGAAAACCCCAAAGGCUAAAGUGCGGUCACAGUCUGCAAGUGGCAGUGACGACAGUUUGAAACGCUUCGUAGUGGACAGCAUGUCAUCUGAUGAUGAUUUUAUCAAUGGCAAGAGGAAGCCUUUCCUUACCAAAGGGAAACCCAAGACUGCCAAGACUCCUAAAUCGCUUCAGAAGACAGAGAAACGGCCUCUGUCUUGCUGGGAUCCUCCAGUCUUCUUGAGUGACAGUGAUGAUGACGACACUAACAUUGUGAUCCAGAGCACAUGGAGUUCCAGACACAGCCGCCCAGCAUCUAAGGAACAUCACAACUCUCGUAAAGAGAAACCUGCUGUUCCUCCGCCGGUCAUCACAGUGAUGACACCCAGUGGUCAAGACGACACAUGCAGCUCUGAGGAAGAGUUCCAGUCUUUACUGGACAGAGUCAGACAGAAUCACAAUCUGGGAGGAAAAACUCCUGCAAGUCCAAAACUGCCUCCAGAGCCCAAACCACGACCACCCUGUUUGUCCACACCGGCUGCAGUGGGUAAGAAGACAGACGAGCGAUCACACGUGAGCCACAUCCCAGUGCAGACGCCCAGCAGCAGACCAGUAAGCCAUACUGAGCCCAGAGCACCACCCAACAGCAGAGUGGUGGUGUGUAAAACUCCAGGGUGUUUCCUGCAGUCUCUAUCUGUCCCCGGAUCCUCAUACAGCCGCAGCUUCAAACAGAACAAAGAGGAGCUCACCAGUAAACUCUAUCAGCUCUACAACGCCAGUGUAUUUGACAGCAAGCUUCCCAUCGACAUGUCCGUCACAUGGAAUAAGAAGAUGAGGAAGACGGCCGGAUAUUGCAUCUCGGGUCAAGAGCGAGGCACAGGAAAACGAUACGCCCGCAUCGAGCUGUCUGUCAAAGUGUGUGACUCCGCAGAUCGGUUGCGUGAUACGUUAGUUCAUGAAAUGUGUCAUGCUGCUACAUGGCUCAUAAACAAUGUGCGUGAUGGUCACGGGCCCUUCUGGAGGCUUUAUGCCGGUAAAGCCAUGCUUGCACACCCUGAGCUGCCCAUGGUGACGCGCUGCCACAGUUAUGACAUCAACUACAAGUACCAAUAUCAGUGUGACCGCUGUAAGAACACGAUUGGCCGUCACUCCAAGUCACUGGACACCACAAAGUUUGUGUGUGCUUUGUGCACCGGGCAACUGGUUUUACUGACCCCGUCAAAGCCGCGAGGAGCCACACCUUUCGCUACGUUCGUAAAGGAGAAUUACGGUUCAGUAAGACAGGAACUGGUCGGGCAAAGUCACGGUGAGGUAAUGCGCAAACUCAGUGCAGACUUUGCCACUAAGACGCGCAUAAGUCAAAGCUGAUUUGGGAUCAGAUACUUAAAUAGGAAUAAAACCUUAAAUACCUCAAACCUUCAAGACUGCUGCAGUAGUAAGAGUUCUGUUAGUGCUGGAGGAUGCUGUCUCUUAUUUAGAUUUGAUUCAGAUUGUUUUCCACUGUGAAAUUAUCAUAUUUAUGAUAAGUGAUGGUAUUUAUGAUAUUUGAGCCGUAUUCAAUUCAUUAACUUGAUUCUGAAUGUUUAAUAUGAGGACUCUGCAAUUUCAUACUCUCAUUCUCUUGUGUAGUAGUUGCCUUUUAUGUGUUUGUUUAAUUAUU